AUGGAAUUGAGCAUCCCUCGUACACAUGCAGCCCCUUGCUCCUCCCAGCCAGUCUGUCUGUACCCGUUUCUUCUCCCCACACAGGAAAAGUACCCAGAGAUGGUGCACCUCUCAGAGGGAAACUUUUCCCGCUGCAUGGGCAUCCGGAGCGCCCGCUGUCCAGGGUUUGAAUUCAUAAUUGUUUGGAGGAUACAAAUAGAUGAAAAAGGGAAGGUUUUACCAAAGCUGGAUCUUCUCACCAAAGUCCCACAGCGAGCCCUUGAACUGGACAAGAACAGAGUCAUAGAAGCUGCUCCUCUCAGCUUCCGAACCCUGCUGGGAGUGCUUGGAAUUGAAGUUGCUGUAGAAAGCCUGAUAAAACUGCUUUGUGCAGAGGAGAAUGACUAGUUCCCCAAUGGUGUAUGUGUAGGAAUGAGAUGCUGCACUGAGAAGCACUUGAUUUUAUUGAGUAUAAACAUUUGCUAUUUUCUGCUUAGACACCACCCCCUUAAAACAUGCUGUCUAUGCAGUUAUGGCACAUUCUAUAUAAACUCUCAUGACGUGAAAUAUAAAUACAGCUAUUUAAGUAUAAAAUGCAAAAUAAAA